AGCUGACGUCAAUGCAGCAGCAGCAGCAAAUCGUGGGAGAACGGCACUGCAGGCGGCGGCAGAAGGAGGCCAUCUCGCAGUAUCGAGAGGCUGCUUCAAGAGAAAGCCGACGUCAAUGCAGCAGCAGCAGCAAAUCGUGGGAGAACGGCACUGCAGGCGGCGGCGGAAGGAGGCCAUUUCGCAGUAGCUCAAUGUCUUAAGAGGGCCGGUGCUGUACGAUAGUGAUUUCAUUUCCAUUACUGCAGUCUGCUUUCGGUUUUGUCCUAUCUUAAGGCAGAUUUUGCUUCACUAGACCGAAGUAUUAAAGUAGAUACCAUAGUUUGAUAAGUGCAAUCGACAACCCUUUUACGCAUAACUCUGCCCUUAUAAUUCCAUGUAUAUCCGAGCAGACGGUCGAACAGGUUAGUGAAAAUCUAAUAAAUCUGUCAAGAACUAGACGCGAUCACUAUGCUGCGCAAUCAAGGCUGAGCUAUCAAGUUUGCCACCUUCAGAAGCUAAAGGUGCAUGAACGACUCGCUUACGCUAGCAUGGGACAGUGGCCGACCCGCUCCUGCCCUGACCUUGUGGAAUGUGUUAAGGUCUUUGGAAAACAAAUGGUGGGGUUGUCAUGGUUCUAGCCACUGGCGUUCAAAUUAGCUCCCGCAGUGGGUCUGUGCACAAUCCCUCUCGCUUUCUAAAUCUAGCCUGUUACGGCGUGCCAUGCACUCAUUGUGCGUGCAACAACCAUCUGGAACUAAACUAACAGUUGCGGGGUUAAGGAUGCAACCCCUUACUAUUUGUUGAGAAUCGCCCUAACGCUGCGACGAACUUUGCAUUCAGGGGUAUCGCGUUAAUUUGUUGCUACAUCAGCAAAAAAGUUUUUCUUUUUUUCUUAUUAACGUGCGCAACGUGCUAAAAGUAGCACAAUCUUAUUAAAUUCGCACAAAUAUGUAUAUAGCGCAAAAAGUGCACAACGUUGCACAAAAAUACAAUUUUUCUUAUACUUGCGCAAAUGUGCGCUACUUGCACAAGUACUAAAAUAUGCCUCUACACUCUAUUUACCUAUGUAGCGCACUUUUCUUUCUUCUUGUAUUUUUUUUUAUCUUCUUUUUCACUGUAAUUUACUGCAAAACUCACAUGCUUCAUUUCUAUAGCGCAGCCUCCCAUCUUCCAUAAUUUAAUAUUUUCUAUCUUCCACUUCACUGUGAUUUACUGCAAAACUUACAUGCUUCAUUUCUAUAGCGCAGCCUCCCAUCUUCCAUAAUUUAAUAUUUUCUAUCUUCCACUUUACUGUGAUUUACUGCAAAACUUACAUGCUUCAUUUCUAUAGCGCAGCCUCCCAUCUUCCAUAAUUUAAUAUUUCAUCAUCUUCUACUUCACUGUAAUUCAUUGUAAAAGCCGUGUUGUUCUUCUCUACAGCGCCACCUUUAUCUGCUGUAAUAUAAAAUUUCUUGUCAUGUCCUACCUUACUAUAAUAUAUAGCAGAAUUCAUGUAAAUUUUCCUUUUAGCAAUGCUCCCUAUUUUCUUUAGUACAAAAUUCCUUGUUAUAUCUCACCUCACUGUAAUUCACAGCGCAAUGAGUUGUGAAUUAUUCUCCCCGUAAUACUACCUCUUUUCUAUCAUCCAAAAUUCGCUUUUGCAUCCUAUUCACUGUGAUUCACUGCAGAACCGCUCAAAAAAAAAAUUUUUCACCAAAAUUGUUAUAGUAUCACAAUAAGUUCAUCUGUUUAGCUUCAAGUGUGUACGUACCAAGGCUGUGCCAUUCAUGUAAAGCCGAAUUUAGCUGCUGUAUUAACGCGCAUUUGUCUAUCUUUACAAGGCAGUACUAGUAGCUUGCAAAGCUCAUCUCAUCACACAGUCUUUUCAGACGCGUGCAGUCAUUCAGACCUCCACCGCGAAUUCUUUGCUUGACCCAUCAUUGUCUUUCGUCAAGUGUUGCACAACUAAUUCCUUCUGUGGGACGCGGACAGGCCUGCGUCGAAAUUGCUCCCAUUUUUCCACUCUCGGGAGCGGACUGUCCGUGAUAACGUGGUUGGCCCCGCUCAGGUUCACGCCUUCGGCGACAAGCUCUACUGUCGACACGAGAUAUCGUAGGGGUGAGCUGUUGUCGUUGAAUGCGGUUGUUAUCACCGUCCUCUGCGCAUUUGGGGUUCGGCUUGUGAUUAAUGCCACUGGAUCUUUGAGAUCUUGGCCGUCAGUCAGCGUU